AUGCAGAAGAAUGCUCCUAGAGCACAUUGGAUACUCCUGCCAGCAAGCAGAAUGCCUCUCAACAAGCGAUACGCAGGUUCUACACCUCUUUCCACAAAGCGACCACGACUCCCAGUACCACCCGAAGAGCAUGAUGAUUCACAGACUGACGGGUCUGGAAUACCAUUCCGAGGAUUGACCGCACUGUCAACUAACACUCGGAGUAGUCAAUCGACCAGCACUCGGAGCAGUCAGUCGACCACUGCCCCAAAAGCGUGUAAAGGGCUUCUCCGUUGUACCGACACAUCGACUGGAAGAAGAAGCCCUAGAAGGGUAGAAUUCCAUCUCCCCGAUGGCAAUACUGACAGCGUUGAAGUGCAAGAGGUAGAGGAAACCACUGAUACCAGCCACUCGGAGUAUGACGCCUCCCCAGAGAACGCCUAG